AUGGGCGGCGUGAUGGCUCAAUGGUUAAAGGCGCCUGGUCUUGCUGCUGCAGUGACUGGGUUUGAAUACAAAGAGAUCCCCGCCUCUCAUAUGCAAUAUAGAUACGUGAUCAUGAAGAGACAUCAUCCAAGUGGAGCACAAAAACAAAAAAUUUUGAAAAGUAGAAGGGAAGAAACCGAAGCUCUGUCUGGAUCAAUGCUUAAAUUUGUUAACCAAGUUAUUAAACCAGAAUCCAUUAUUGCUAGUUCAUCAAUGAACCAAGGAAAGGUUUCUAUGAAGCACUUUUUUGAAACAGCCCAACUGCUAGCUGACAACUUUCCAGAAACGCAUAUUGAUCUCUUAUCAACCCGACAAAUAACUUCUAAACUAAUCCAGCACCAUAGCCUGAACUCCGCAACAAGCCAAUUUAUCAAACAAAACUGCAUGAUCGAUUGGAUCAAAAGCUUUUGGCAGGUCAAAAAAGCAGACAGAAUCAAUUCUCUAUUUGCAAUGUUUUUUGCGACAAAAUUUGUUGAAUCUAACACCGCAAACUCAGUCAAAGGAUUUCCCUAA